CGAUAAUGUGACUAAAAUCUAAGGUUACUAAAGUUACGAUUUUUAUCUGUAUGUAUUUUCAGAGGUUGCCGUUUCAAGGGUGGCUUUACAAGAGAUUGGAUCUUGUACAUAUUCAGUCUUUUCUGUUUUAUUCAACGUCCAUUACUAAUUCGUUGGAUACUGUCUCUGUAUAUAAUGAAAAUGGUCUACCUAAAAUUAUCAUCCCAUUGCCUUCUAGACGAGAAGCAUGUUCUUUUAUUCUCAAACCAUUACAACACACAGUCGGGGAUUUAUCAAACUUUAUAAAAUGUGAAGAUAGUGGCGUCGAUCGAAUAACAUUUUUUAGUGAAGAUGGGACGAGGAUCGCAAGAUCAAAUUCGAUUUCCGAUCUACUUACUUCUGAUUUUCACAUACUUAUCAAUGACCAAAAAUACUAUGUAGAUACGUCGUCAAUCUCCUCCCAGUUUACUGCAUUGCCGAAAGAUUUAGCAAAUGUUCGACAACUAAUCUCAAAACUUGCCAAUGCCAUUCAUGUUGAUGAAUUUUAUGCACAAAAGCAACAACAACUUGAGAAAUGUAUAGAAGAUGUGAAUCUGCAAUUGGAACCAUUUGAAAAGAAAAAGUCAGUCAUUGCUGUACAAGCAGCACAGCGAACACGUUGGCUUACUUGGCUUGGAUUAGGUGCAAUGGGUAUACAAUUUGGAUUACUGGCAAGGUUAACAUGGUGGGAAUAUUCCUGGGAUAUUAUGGAACCCGUGACAUAUUUUGUUGGUUAUGGAACUAGCAUGGCUAUGUAUGCCUAUUAUGUGAUUACACGACAGGAUUACACACUUCCCCAAGUAUUUGAUCGUGAAUAUCUUAAAAGCUUUUAUAAAUCAGCUGAUAAAUCAUCAUUUGACGUACAGCGUUACAAUGAAUUACGUGACGAACUAGCUCAUUUGAAAUCAGAACUACGUCGUCUUAAAGAUCCUCUUUUAUAUCAGUUACCUUUACAACAAACUGAAUAUAUGAUACCUGAACAAGUUGAAAAUAUUCUAAACCAAACUAAGAAUUCACCGCAAAAAUAAUAACAAAAAAGUCAGCAUCUGUACUUCGUUUAAUGUUUUUACUGUUUUAUUUCAUGCCAGUUGAUCUCAACUAUAAUUCAUGACACUACAGUACUUAUUAUUAAUUUUUCUCUUUCAUUUUACUAAUUUUACUGUAUUGAUAUUUUUAUCCCAUACAUCCUCUCGUUUGUAGUUUAGUUUGUCCAGCACAUUGCCGUUGUGACGUCUCUUUACUUUUGUCUUUGUUAUGAGUGAGGAAUACAAAUAAUGAUAAUGAUUAGUUUCAAUUAUGAAUCUCUGUAAUAUAGUAUGUUUUUAUUUCUGUUUUUCUACAUGUUCACAUCAAACAUAUUUUUUAACUUCGACCUAAAUACUUCAGCUUAGCUUCUUCAAUGCAACACUGAACAGUUCAGCAUUAAAAAGAAACAAUGAAAGAAGAGUGUACUCACCAAAAAAUAUGAAUUUAUUGUUUGUUUCUCAUCGUUAACUUUAUUUUUUAAAUAAUUUUCUUAUGUGAAUAAAAUGAGGACAAUUAUUGACUGACUUUUAAAGAAUAAUAUUUAUUGUGUUUAACUGAGGUAACUAUUCUAUGUCCAGAAUGUCUUUCGUUAACUUCUUUUAACAAAAAGAACAAAAUAAAUUUAAGGAAUCGUGAGACGUUUUACUGGGCUUUUGUAUGAACUAUGGAUAGAAAUCAGUCUAUUAUUUUAAAUUGAAUAAAUGACUAAUAUCAUAACUCAUUUCAUUAGUUCGAAUUUGUCUUUGUUUGUAUGUUUAGUGUGUUUGUUUCUAUUACAUAUAUAUUGACUGACGUAUAUAAUUGGCUUUAUAUUUUUAUUUGUCUCUAGUUUCCUCACUAUAAAGAUAAGUUAUACAAAUUUUUCCUCUUGUAUACAUCUUAGCUUUGUUAAUUUUUCUUUCUCCAUAUAUGAAUGGUUUCUUUUUAUAGCUUCUGCUCCAUUCUGAUUAUAUUGUUUGUAUCUUUAUCAACACGUAGAAGCUUUUGAUAUUAUAAAUGAUAAAGUAUGAAUAUAAUUUCUAAUUAGGUCUACAUU